AAAGCGCCCAGAUAUGGCCAAUUUGGCUGCAGGUGUCGUGUGUAGCAAGCCAGACAUUUGGGCUUCAUGUGUAAUUUAAUGGUAUUUUCAUUAAAAAUUCCCGCUGUCAUGGAGGUUCAAAUGGCUGGAGGUUUGGCCGCUAAAAGAGGCGGUGGCUUACCUAAACUACGAGAACUGCUCCGGAGACAAAGGAGAGAUUCAGAUAGCCAGAACGACAGCCCAGAUCUUGAGUUUGAGUAUGAUGAUGCCAACAAGUACACACAGGAGAUUGCAGAGUUGUAUAGUUACACAGAGGAGCCAGAGUUUGCGCUUUGUCAGAAGUGCUUCGAAGAGGACUUCCAUUCCUACAUCAAGGAGAAAUGGACACAGCUCAGUCCCGACCGCCAGCGGAUGCACAUCCUACGUCUGCUGAACAGCGUGGAGAGUGCCAAGCGAGAACAGAGAAUGAAAUCUGCAAGAGCAGUCCUCUACUUGGCUCAAGGUUGUUUCAGUGAAUGUUCAAGCGAAGAGGAACAAGUGAAACGAGCUAGGGAGAACUGCUUCCUCUUGUAUGAGUGCUCAGUCUUCAACACCUUUGUGGAACUCCUCAGUAUGGAGGCCGAAAACUCUGUAGCAGCAUCAACAGCCCUGAGGAAGCCAGCAGUGUCAAUAGUGGACAGCACAGACCUAAGGAUUGUGUUGAGUGUGUUGUACAUCAUGAUCGAGACCCUGAGAAUGGAUUCAGACCAGGAUUCUGACAAACAGAAACACCAGAGGGAAAUCUUCAAGACAGAAUUAGGUCAACCAGUGUGUGGGGAAGACUCCCUUGCGAUUGUCCUUUUCAACAUGGUGACUAAGUUUUGCAGUGGCCACGCCCCUCAUUUCCCGAUCAAGAAAAUCCUCCUCCUGUUAUGGAAGACGCUGCUGUUUUCCUUGGGUGGUAUCAACGAGUACAAGCUGAUGAAGCAGCAGGCUCGGAAAGCGGCAGACUUGGACGCAGUCAAGGAGGACACCAUCCAGGUUACCAAGACGAUGAGGGCGUCCUCCCCUCCCGCCUCCUCGGGGGAUGGGCUGCAGGAGAGGCGGACCAGAGGCUCUCUCCGCAGGGGCCUCGUAAAACAGAAUGGCAUCGAUGAACCGAUGCCAGAGGAUCCAGACCGGAGGGAGGAGGAGAGUAAGGAAGAACAGCUGAACGGAGGGAGUGAGGAGGAAGAAGAGAACAGCAGCCAGCCGCCGCCCACUCCAAGGGAACAUAAGGCAUUGCCAUGGACACCAAAAGUCAGGCAAAAGGAUCUGGAUGUCUUCUUGGACCACACCAGAAGAAAAUUUGUAGGUUUCCAAGUGCAGAGUGAUAGUGACACUCUGGCAGGACUACCCCAACCCAUCCAUGAAGGCGUACACGUCUUGAAGAAGCACGUGUAUGUGUCUCUGGCUGAGAUACAGAUUAAGCAGGAGGAGCAAAUCAACAAGAAUCCAAUCUCUAAGGGAGAGGAGAACAUCCCAGCCACAGCAACCGAGCUCCUUUACCAAGCCGUGCUACCUAACCUGCCACAGUAUAUGAUUUCCUUACUGAAGAUCCUCCUGGCCGCUGCACCCACCUCCAAGGCCAAGACAGACUCCAUCAACAUCCUGGCUGACGUGCUUCCCGAGGAAAUGCCAAUCACUGUCUUACAGUCCAUGAAACUUGGAGUGGACGUCAAUCGACACAAGGAGGUCAUCGUCAAGUCCAUAUCAGCCCUGUUGCUGCUACUGCUGAAACACUUCAAGCUCAAUCACGUCUACCAGUUUGAGUUUAUGAGUCAGCACCUGGUCUUUGCCAACUGCAUCCCGCUGGUCCUCAAGUUCUUCAAUCAGAACAUCAUGGCCUACAUCAGCACCAAAAACAGCAUCAAUGUGAUUGACUUUCCUCUGUGUGUGAUUGGAGAUCAGCCAGAACUCACAGCAGAAAGUUUGGAGGCUGGUGACACCAUCCCCUACUGCUGGCGCAAUCUCUUCUCCUGUAUCAAUCUCUUGAGGAUACUGAACAAACUCACCAAGUGGAAACACUCCAGAACAAUGAUGUUAGUGGUCUUCAAGUCGGCCCCCAUACUGAAGCGAGCCCUGAAGGUCAAGCAGGCGAUGAUGCAGGUCUACGUGCUCAAACUCCUCAAGGUACAGACCAAGUACCUGGGCAGGCAGUGGCGCAAGAGCAACAUGAAGACCAUGUCGGCCAUCUACCAGAAGGUGCGACACCGGCUCAACGACGACUGGGCGUAUGGAAAUGAUAUGGAUGCGCGCCCGUGGGAUUUCCAAGCAGAGGAGUGCGCCCUCCGUGCCUGCGUGGACCGCUUCAACACGCGACGUUACGACCAGUGCACGCCCAAGGACCCAGAGUACCAGCCCGUGGACAACAACCCACAGAGCGUGCUCAGCCAGAAGAUGGAGCUGAGUGAGGAGUUCCAGCGCUUCUACGAGGUCUGGCUGGACCGGGAGGUCUUCACCACGCAGAUCAACUGGGACCUCCUGCUCAAGGAUAAAAUCUGCACCUAGGAGGGUGGGGGAGGGGGGUUGGGGAGGGGAGGGGGUAUUUGGAGAGCAAGCCACUGAUCGUGUUCAGUCAGAAAAUGGGAUGAGCGAGGAUUUUCAGCAAUUCCACCAAGUUCAGCUGGACAAGGAGGUAGUCAUUACACAGAUAAACUGCUGCUCAGUGAUAAAAUCUGCACCUAGGAGGAUGGGGGAAGGGUUGGGGGGGAUGAGGAUGGAAUUUCUUGUAACUUUGAAUUAAUCGAAUAAUAUCUUAAAUUUAAAGAUGACAAUCACACCUAUCCACCCUCCAUAUUUGCACUCAAAGUUAUAUUACUAAAGCAAAUGGGCAAGACUACGUCACCCGAUGAAAACAUCUAUUUAUUUGCACAUCAGUUUUCAUUGGUUCCCAUGUGUGACCAUUCAGCACCCUAGACUCGGGUACCAUUGAGUCUCAAGAAAAUGGGUCUGGGAGCCACAAUCCUGGCCAAAUCUCGCUGGGCCCCCAACCUCCCGGUCCCUGCUCAAUGUUGUCUCUCAUUGCGCAGUGUGUGCUCCAUCAGCUGGAGAGACCAACAUUGACCGGGGGAGCGGGGAGUGGGUGACUGUGGGAGGCUAAGGAAGUGUCCCAACCAUUUUUGCCGGGAUUGUAGAUAAGCCAAUGUAAACAAAUCCUGGAUGUCCGAGCCCGCCUAUACAUGCUAGAAAAAUCAUGAAGUAAACGAUGCAAAUCAAUUGCUUGUUUAGUGCUAACCAAUCAGAUAUCGCUCACUCCAGGGGCAGACUAUUUGAAUUUGAAUAACCUGGACCUGGGAAUGAGGUUCGGAUGGUCAUUAAUCACCCUAUCAGCUAAUCACAAAAGUUAUUAAGGUUCAGUGAGACUGGUUUAACUUGAAUGCUCUCAGAUGUAACCCUUGUGUCUAGCCCACUUGUAUAAUUCUAACCCUUAUUUAAGACGUGUAUGUAGCAAUCCACCAGGGGCUUUAUAGUAACUUCUUGUGUGCAAUUAAUUUUGAAGAGGUUUGUUCCAAGAUUAUCAAGCAAGUUUUGGAAGCACUUCGUAGAUGUCGUCUUUAGAAGUGUUUAAAUAAAGAAAACAUGAAUAAGGAGUUAUAAAAGUCGUGUUACAUCCGCUUGAAAUCAACAGGCAAUUAAUUUGAAUUGUGUACAAGUGUUAGGGAGGUAAACCUCUUGUAAACCAUGUACAUAGACUGUAUGUAAUAAAGCGGCUAGUAUUUAAAAGAAGUUA